UACUACUUUCUUUUUGAUUAUAUAAACACACAUAGAGCAGCAGACAGACUUGUACGUAAAUAUGGUGAUGAUGGCAGCUUCACCUAGGAGAUCGAUCGGUACUGUGUUUCAGAGAGUCGGAUUAUACGCCCCACAGAAGAGAUUCAAGUGUUACGAGGAGGUUAAGGAAACUAUGGAGAUGGAUCAGAUUUGUGCUGAACGGACUAAGAAUGUGCUUAUUCUUAUGAGUGACACCGGCGGCGGCCACCGUGCAUCUGCUGAAGCCAUUCGUGAUGCUUUUUGUUUGGAAUUUGGAGAUCAAUAUAGGGUUUUUGUGAAGGAUGUUUGGAAGGAGUAUACUGGGUGGCCGUUGAAUAAUAUGGAGAGAUCUUAUAAGUUUAUGGUUAAACAUCCUCGGCUUUGGAAAGUUGCGUUUCAUACUACUUCACCUCAAUGGAUUCAUUCGUCUUAUCUUGCUGCCUUUGCUGCUUAUUAUGCUAAGGAGGUGGAAACUGGAUUGAUGGAAUAUAAACCAGACAUUAUCAUUAGUGUUCAUCCUUUAAUGCAGCAUAUCCCUUUAUGUGUUCUGAAAUGGCAACGUCUACAGAAGAAAGUCAUAUUUGUUACUGUCGUUACAGAUCUCAACACCUGCCAUAGAACAUGGUUUCACUAUGGAGUUGAUCGGCUUUACUGUCCGUCGAGAGAAGUGGGAUACAGGGCGCUUCUUGAUGGUCUAGAGGAAACCCAACUACGUGUGUUUGGCUUGCCAAUUCGACCAUCAUUUUGCCGGGCUGUUCUCAACAAGGAUGAUCUUAGAGUGGAGCUUGAGAUGGACAGAGUUCUUCCUGCGGUUCUGCUUAUGGGAGGUGGUGAAGGAAUGGGACCUGUUAUGGAAACUGCAAAGGCACUAGAUGAAUAUCUUGUUAAUAAAUUCGGAAAGCCUAAGGGACAACUGAUCAUUAUAUGUGGGAGGAACAAAGAUUUGCUUACUUCUUUGCAGUCAUUUCAAUGGAGAAUACCAGUUAAGGUAUUAGGUUUCCAAAAUCAAAUGGAGAAAUGGAUGGGUGCUUGUGAUUGCAUAAUCACCAAAGCAGGACCCGGGACCAUUGCUGAGGCGUUGAUUCGGGGUCUACCCAUUAUUCUAAACGACUACAUACCCGGACAAGAAAAGGGAAAUGUUCCAUAUGUAGUUGACAAUGGUGCUGGAAUCUUCACAAGGGAUCCCGAGGAAACAGGAAGGAAAGUGGCAGAAUGGUUCGGCACUAAUAAGAAGAAGGGUGGUGAAGAACUGAGAAGGAUGUCUGCAAAUGCAUUAAAAUUAGCACAACCAAAUGCGGUUUUUGACAUUGUAAAGGACAUCCACAAACUGGCAUGCCAACAACAGCAGCAAGAACAGCAACAUGAACAGCAACAACAGGGUCUUGAUCAUCAAACUAACAACAACAUCUCUUACAAGCUGACAGCUUCCUUCUUCAACAUAAUUUAAAUCUAGUGUGUGUCAUGUACAUGAAUUAGGAAUCUGUCAUAGUCAAAGAAAGUGAAACCUUAAAAAAUUAUUUGAUAAAAUAGAUUGGGGAAGUAGUAGUGGUAGUUUCUCUUAAAUUUUUCUGCAGAAGAUAGCAGCAGCAAAGCAAUACAAGCUUAUGCAAUAAUUUUGCAUGAUUGAA